AUGUCAGGGGGAUCAACAGGUGAACGUCCUUUUUCUGAUAUCAUUACGAGUAUAAGAUAUUGGGUUAUUCAUAGUAUUACUAUACCUGCACUUUUUGUAGCAGGGUGGCUGUUUGUAAGUACAGGGUUAGCUUAUGAUAUAUUUGGAACACCAAGGCCUAAUGAGUAUUUUACACAAGAUCGUCAACAAGUUCCAUUAGUUAAUGAUCGUUUUAGUGCAAAGCAAGAGCUCGAAGAUUUAACUAAAGGAAUUUAA